AUGCAUAACGUCAAGAGACAACAUUUAUCAGAACAAGUUAAAAAACAGAGACAAUUGAAAGAUGCUAAUAAGAUCAAGAGUUAUAAAGCAUUACAAAGUCAAGUUCUACAAUUGAAAAAUGAACAACAAUAUAAUGCAGAAACAUUCAAAUUAAGCACUGAUUUAUUAUAUUUAAAUCCAGAAUUUUAUACAAUAUGGAAUUAUAGAAGAGAUAUCAUAUCAAAUUAUUAUCAAAAACAACUUUCCAAAGAGGAAUUGAUUGAAUUUUUCAAUAAAGAAUUAGGAUUCAUAAUGAUGAAACUUAAAGAAUACCCUAAAGUAUAUUGGAUUUGGAAUCAUAGAGUCUGGAUCUUGGAGAAUCAUCCACAAGUAGAUUGGGAAUUUGAAUUAGGAAUAGUAUCAAAAUUAUUAACUAUGGAUUCAAGAAAUUUCCAUGGUUGGCAUUAUAGAAGAUUUAUAAUAUCAAAAUUAGAAACAUCAACUGGUGAAUCAUUGGCACUUAGAGAAUUUGAUUAUACUACAGAAAAGAUAAAUAAAGAUUUUAGUAAUUUUUCAGCAUGGCAUAAUAGAACAAAAUUAAUACCAAUUUUGUUAAAUUCCAAACCAACAACAAGAUUUGAAUCAAGUUUAGGAUUUCUUAAAGAAGAGCUAGGAUAUUUGAAAAAUGCAAUGUAUACAGAUCCUCAAGAUCAAAGUGUAUGGAUCUAUCUAAGAUGGUUAUUAACAAGUGAUAUUUUCAUUAAAACUUUGGAUAAAGAUACUUACAUAGGGAUACUAGAAGAUGAAUUAAAAAAUGUUAAAGAAUUAAAUGAAUUAGAAACUGAAGAUAAUGGGGUUGAAAAUAAUUGGUGUUUGAAAACAAUUGUUACAAUUGAAGGAUUAUUAGAUAAAACAAAAAAUGAGACUAAGUUCACCGAUGAAAUUGAAAAAUCUUUGAUUAGAUUGAAAGAUAUUGAUCCAUUAAGAAAGAAUAGAUAUACUUAUCUUUCUGAAAAUUACUUUAAAUAA